AUGCCAGUGGUGGUCAACUACCUGGUGGCCAUAGGUGGCGCUUGGCAGGUUGGAUGCUGCGUCAGGUCGAGUGUCCCUGGCCGGUCGAUGACAGAACGGCACCGUCUCGCCAUGAAGUCGAAGCUCGCUCUGCUCUUGCUGCUGGCCACCUCGGCGUGGACGGCCCCUGGUGCAAAGAAGUCCAGCAACACCCCUACCUCGGAGGACUUUGUCGCAGCACCGGCAAGGGACGUCGUCCUGUGGAACCAGAAUCAGGAAGGCAAAAUCAACCUGCAGGUCUCCUUGAAGGACGUGCAGAUCGUUGCCCUGCUGAACUCGGACAUGUACGACGACGAUAGUGGUGGCAGUGAUUACGACUACAGCGAAUUGGAAGCCCUUAUUAACAGCACCAUUGCCGCGGCCGCCACGUCAACGACUGAAAAACCUUCCGAAAGCGAGGAAGGGACGACAGACGACGAGCCGCUCCUUCAGCUAAGUGAAGUCCUUGAACUGGCCGCCAACGAGUCCUCCAAGGGAAUAAAGGGCAAAAACGUGACGACGCCUGUGUUGACCCCAGCCGUGUCGUUUGUCGCGAACGGGAAGCCAGAAAACAUCUCGCAGCUCCCCAACGAUGAGGGCAAAAAAGGCAACGCCACCCGGCCCGAAAUUUAUCAUAGAGAGGCACCCAAGAGGGCCGCGCCAAAGCCCGCGUGCGGAGAGGAAGAAACCCGCGACAGGCUGGGUCGAUGCCGCGCAAAGGCGAGCAAGGGCAAGCGCAGGAGACCGAGUGCCAGGCUAGCCUUCCCAUUGAAACUGAACCUGCAAAGCCUGGUCAAGGGAUUUAGGCUCGCGAGACUGGACCCAAGCGAAAGUGACUGGGAAUCGUGAAAUUCUAUUGUUAGUAAAAUUAUUUAUAUAUGCAGUAAUGUAAUUUUUAAUUGGAUAAAAUGCAAAUAAAUUUAAGUUAGAUAUUUUUUAAUAA